CGUCAUUUGUAAGGAAGGUAAUUUUUGUAAAAUUUCUUUGAAAAUCAACUUAUCUUAUAUAUAGCCGAUUGUUGCCUAGCAGAUAAGCUGCACCAUGCCCUAGAUAUUGAUUGAUGUAUAGAACACCAUAGGGUGACACAAGGAUGAAAAAGAACAAUCAUGGCUACUCCACUUAGUCCCGAAUCCAACCAAACCCCAUCAAAUAUGCAGUUAGGACAAAAUAUGACAAAUUACAAACCCACAAUUAGCCACAUUGAUGUGGCACAUGUGCAUGGUAAUAGAACCAUGCAAUCCUAUUCUAGUCAGGCUCAUACCGUGCCACUACCAAACACUGGACAGCAAAUUAUAGGACCUUAUCAAAUUUCUCAUACUGGACCACUGCAUUCCUCAAGUAUGAGUAAUAGCAGUACCUCAACCCCUAUUGCCAGGCCACCUUUUUCAGGCAAGACAGAAAGGGAAGCUGAGAGACACAUCCACAACAAUAUGCCUGCAUUUGUAGAUAGGAUAAACCCCAAGCAAUAUCUGCCUUACCUUCCGUGCCUCACCAAAACUGAUAAGGAACAGAUCACUGCUGAACAAUCGAAUAAUGGUGAAAGGUUAGCUACAAUGACUUUGUUGAAUUGUGUAAUGAAGCAUGAGAACUGGCAGUCACAAUUGCAAAAGGCUCUUGAAGCAAAUGGACAAACAUCAUUGGCCAAACAGAUUGAACCAGGUACAGAUAGUGUGGACUUUAGCCUAACGCCUCGAGGGCCCCCAAGUAUGGACACCAGUAACAGCUUUACAGAUCUUCAGCCACGGGGGCCUCCUUCAGCGAGCACAUCACACAGCCUGUCAAAUGGAGUUAUGCCACAAAGUCUUAACCAGAGUGAAGCUUUGCUACAAGGUCCGCCACAAACUGGAGCCAUGCCACAAGGGUUCCCACAAAAUGGACCCAUGCUCCAAGGUCCCCACCAAUAUGGGGACAUCCCACAAGCUCUUAAACAAAAUGGAACUGUACCACAAGGUUCCCCACUAGGUGGAGCUAUGUUCCAAGGUCCCACACAAACUGGAGCCAUUCCCCGAGAAGUUCCAACUCAAGCCAUGUCCUUGCAAGGUCCUCCACAAAGUGACUUCAACUCUCAAAGUGGAGCUAUUCCAAAAGCUCCUCCACAAAGUGACAUCAACUCACAAAGUGGAGCUAUUCCAAAAGCUCCUCCAGAAAGUGGCAACAUGUCAUCACCUAUUCCCUCUCAAGAUUCACAACAGAUAAAGGCCAUGCUGAAGGAACCACUACAAGACAAAACCACACCACAAGUUCCACAAUUCAGUAGUAGUAUUAAUAGUGACAGCAGCAAAAGCAGUGACAACACUAGCCCCAGUGACAUGAGCAUUGACAAUAGCUCCAGUAGUGACAACAUUAGCAGCUCCAACAGUAGCAGUGAAAACAUCAGCAGCAGUAGCAGCAGCUUCAGUAGCAGUGACCAGUCCAGUCCAACAAAAUCAAAAGUUCUUAUACCAGAGAGCAUAGAAGAUGUGGUCAGAGGCAAAACGUAUCCAAUAUAUGAAGAUGAGUUACCAGCCGACCUACAAGAGAGUUUCUUUGAUGGCGUUAUCAUUUAUUGCGCAGCCGACCGUUCUAAAGCUGAGGAACUUAAGAGAAUAAUGCAGGACAAAGUGCCAUUAGAGAGAGGAGGAAAACCUAAAAUCUGUUUAUUCCAAUUUUGUGCUGAAUCCGAGAAUAGGGGAAGUGAUGAUAUUUUGUUCCAGCCUUCAAUUUUCUCAUCUCUUGCCACAGCUAUCUUACAUAGCACAUACAUGUUUAUUUUGUUCACGGAAGAGUUUAAUCAAGGUGAGAGAUGGACGGAGCUUAUCCGUGAUGAGUGCCUUAUGGAAUCAAUUGUUGACCCUGACAGGAGGUGGUGUGUUGUUCCGCUAUAUUAUGUGAAAUCUGAGGUCACACUGUCAACACAAACUUUCGGUAUCCGCACGCUUCGUGGGGUUAUGAUGACAGAGAGUGACUGCAUGGAUUGGGUCCCUUCGAAAAUCAGCAAAAUGUUACAAUACAAACGGGGGGUCAGAAGACAGCGUGAACAAGAUUUAAAGGACAGGAUUGACAUUUGGGUCCAAGAGGAGGUCACGAGACGGGCAAUUGCUGAUCUCGAGAAGGAGCGUGAGAAGAAGCGGAAGAAAGAAGAAAGCAAAAUGCGAAUGCAACGGGCAUUAGAACAUGAACAAAACAAAGAUGAUGAGUUUAAUGAAAACCUGAAGCAGAAAAAAUUUGAACCAUUAGAAGAUAACACUCCAAGUGUUCCACAUCAUGCCCCAAGUGUUCAACCAAAGGUCAGCACUACAGCUGGAGUGACUCAUAACCAAGAUGCUAUGGUCAAAAUGAUGGAGUUUUUCACCAAGAUGCAGCAAGGUCAACUAGAGCAAAAUCAAAAUGUGAUACUUGAACAGAUGAAAGCCAUGAUGGAACUGGCUAAAGCCCCAAACCAGGUGAUCAACAUAGAGAGGACUGAUCGUACUCAGAUUGGUGAUGCUCAAGCUAUCGUUCAAGCCCCUUCAAGUACAAAAGAAGUGAGCAAGGGGAAUCAGAAAGACAUGCUGGGUGAUGAUGCUCCAUACGUCCUUGAAGAAGAUGCUACAAAUGAACCAGAAAGAGAGAACCAACCAAACGAACCCUCAAAAGAUCAAUGUCCUGAUGCUGUAAAGUCCGGGUCCAACACAAAACAAGAAGAUUCGGGUCGUAAGAUUCUUGAGGGUAGUUUUAUGUCCAGUAAUCCAGCAAAAGAUGACCUUCAAGGUGCAGUCAGUCGCAGAAGCCCCUCUGCUGGAACUCUGAAUACCAUGGCAACUAGAGUGGUCCAGUCCCAAACAUCAUCUGGAGUAGGAGAGAAUGUCCAGCUAAAAAUGGACCCCAUACCCUCAGUACGAGUUCCAUCGGAACAUCCUUCCAGUGAGCCAGUAGAAAGCUCAGCGAGUCAGGAACUUGGGGGAGCUUCACCAAGGGCCUCAUCACCAAGUAUUGGAUCACCACAGCCUGACCUUACACUCCAAACUAUUCCUAGCACCCGGUCGACAAGAUCUGCACUGAACAUCACAGGGCAACCUUCAGAAGACUCUAACACAGUGUCGGGAGAUGAGGACAAUAAAGCUAUGCAUCCCAGUAUCACAUCUAACAGGGAACCAGUAGAGGGCACUGACCUACUGCCUGAGCUAAAUGAAGCUGCACAAAAUACAGAACCUCUGUAUUAUGACUCUUCUGCACGGGACACAACAAAACAUCACACAGGUAACCAAGGCAACCAACAUAUUGAGUCCACCGGUGAUGUUGACCCAGAUCGUACAAUACCAAAGCAGUAUAUGGAUAUAAACCCAUCGGGUGUUUCUGAUCAAUUAAAGAAAGAUGUACCCACAACGCUUGGUGGAACUGAUAGCCAUGUCAAAAAAGAUUGUUCAAAUGUCCAAAAAAAUGAAGAAAAAUCAAGCAUUGAUGGAUGUUCCAAUGUAGCUCUGGUAGGGUCUGCUGGUCUGGAAGUAACUGGGGGAGAGGAAGCUAGCAUGUGCCCAAGCACAUCUGGAUUAACCACUGAUGAGAAGCUUGAUCGAGGAAAAAUUGUUGCUGAUGAUUUAUCCUCUGAGCCACCUAGUGAUAUAAGUGCCACAAAUAGCCAACUCAACAAAAAGGAAGCUCAAAAUUUAAGUCUUAAAUCCUUUGCUACAACAAGUAUAAAAUCAGAUGUAGAUUCAGUUGAUGGUGCGAUUCCUGAUGAGUUAUUGCCUCGGAGCAUGCAGUACCAGGUGCCAGAGACUAGUGACAAUCUAGAAAUAAGCAGACCAAAUAUACAAGCACAACAAGUCAAGCACAACCAGUCUUCAGUUGAAAGUCCUGCUGCAUCUGCCAGUCUUGCUCUACCAAUUACUGUUGAAAACUUUCCUGAAUCCCUGACAGAUGACUUAAAUAAUGUACCGCUAGCUAAAGGUGUUUCAACCCAGCAGAACAGAAUACAAUCCAUUGAAACGUGUGUAUCAGCAGAUCCUCUGGGAGCGGUUCAACCUAUCAAAGAUGAAUCUACCAUUCAGGAUAAUGAGGAAAUAGCUGAUAGUGUUGAAAUAAAUCCAAGACCCGAUGAAAGUCUGUUGAGCAAGCCUUCAAUUUUAUGCAGUAAAGAAGAAGGACAAGAUGGAGUAGUCGUUUCUGUAUCUGCAUCUGGUAAUGGCGACCCGCAUAUUUCUAGUAACUUUAAUGAGGCUCCAUUGGAUUCUAAUGCUAGUUUGUCUCUUUGCAUCAGUGAUGCUUCAUCAGCAUUAUCAAAUCCAUCAUCCUCUUUGCAUACCACUGGAUCAAAAUCAGUUUCGGUACGGGCGAAUUCAGCUAAUGUGUCAGGAUCCACUGAUAAUCCACCACAACCAUUAAGUUCCUUUGGAGAGAUCCCUUUAGACUCAAACAUUAAUUUUUACAUCAGCAAUAUGUCCAAUGUCACCAAUACCAGUGAACCACCUCCUGGUUACACAUCAGUAGGCGAUGAUGUAAUUCCCCCAAACCAAGAUCAGCAAGUACAAAGCCAAAGUACUUUCUACAUAAGUUGUGAACAGGAAGGAUUUGCUUUAGUGGACAGACCUCUAGAAGAUGCCAUUGAAGCUACUGAGGAGUCAUUGAACAGUGAACAAAUUGACAAUACUAUUACUUCAAUGGAUGAAAUCACCCAUGCUGGAGCAAACAGGGACUUCAGCGACACCCAAUCCCAAGAAUCUGAUGACAAGCCGAAGUCUGGAAUCAAAAAGUUGUUUAACAUUUUUAGAAGUAAAACGGCACCGAGUGGCUUGUCGAGUGGCUUGAACAGCAGUAUAUUUAAGACAAUGAGAAAGAGUAGCAAGUCUAGUCUGAACAGCUUAGAGGAUAAGGGAAAUAAGAAUUAGAAAAUACUUAUAAUUCUCACUAUCCUGCGAGUUAAUGUUUUGGAUGUUUCGUAUGUCCUGAGGAAGAUCACUUGUAUGAUGUAUUUAGUCUCGGACUUGAUACCCUGAAUGCCACACCCACAAAUCUGCGAAGCAUCAAACUGUACAGCAUGAGUUAAACGUAAUGCUACACCAGAUGAACAGUAAUUCCAGAUUAUUAUUUCAGAGAGGAUCAUAUGAUCACAAAAUAUAUGAAAUGUGGCCAUAAUGGAAAAAGACUUGUGCAUCCUUCUUGAAGAGGAAACGAAUGAGAGAAAACAUUAUUAAAAUCUGAUUCCACAAAUUAAUUUUAUUUUUCCUUAGAUGUGUCCCCUGUUAA